AUGCGUGACCAGAUCCGCCAACCGGGCCAUUCUGGCCUUCAUUCGAUUGCAACGAGAUCACUCGACCUAGCUAAAAAGCUCAAGAAUAGGAUAUCCUCCGUUCGUUCCGAUCUUAAAACGCGAAGGAUUCCAGUUGUAGCUCUUCCUAGGCUACAAGUAUUCAGUGGCAGCGACUCGUCAGAGACACUCGUGGCGUGUCAUGAAGCAUACGGCGCCUCUAACGAAGACCUUCCAGGCGGCAUUUCUCGUUAUCACGACGAUAACUUGCGCAGACCUUUACCAUUCAUCAAUGAGUCAAGCACGAGUUUUCUAGGCAUGCUUCCGAAAGAGAUACGGGAGAUCAUAUAUCGAGAGCUAUGGCGUACAACUGGCCUUGGUCAGCACAUUAUCUGGACUGAAGCCGGUCUUGGACAUUCCAGAUGCUUGAUUGCAAGACUCGAGUCCAAAGUCAUUGAAGGUGAUGAUUCAGGGGAGUUCAACUGGAUGGGAUCUGAUGCUCGAGGGUCGGUAUCUCUAUGGUACAAGCGAGAGAUGUCAACAUGGUGUGAUCACUGGAAAUGUGAAGAAGCAAGAGAUGAAAGAGAAAUAUGGCGAGACAUUGCGCGGCGCCAAACCAGUCGUAGUAUCCCGGUCAACAACUCGUCGCCAUAUCUGCCCAUGAUGCUAACGUGUAAGACGUUAUACUUUGAAUGUUCCUCGUCAAUCUACAGGUCUACAGUAUUCACCAUCACCGACAUCAACCUGGCACGGAACCUCUUCGGCGUUCGAUGGAAGACGUCCAGCAUUCACCCACUCCGGCGCGUCAACUUCUCAUUCCGGCGCCAGGCAGACCAAGGGAGCACGUUUGAGCAAUGGGUCGAAUCAUGGAGUGCGAUCCUGAGACUCCUCGACACGCCCCAGUUGAUGACGGUCAAUCUCUGGCUGGACAGCGACAUCUACUACGAGCGAUACUGGUUGUCCGUGACCGGCAACGUCCUCCGGCGGGUCCCGGAAGCACUGGCCCACAAAGUCGCCGUUAGCCUUCCGCCGGACGGACACGGUGACCGUAUUGCGGGGGCCGCGUGGGUGACGGGGCCUUGACGGCGGGGUGCCGUGGGCGGCCUCUACUGGCGCGCGCUCGCAGAGGCGCGAGGGAGGCGAACUGGUCAACUCUGAUGUGAGACGGGCGCGGGUUUGACUUUGCGGGGGAUGGAUGGAUGGAUGAGUCUGGAACUUUUGGGUUUCCCUACCCGGCCUUACGUGAGGGAGGCAACAUGUGAGAUUGGCCCGACGGGAUGGGUGCCUUUUUGAAGCGAUGAUGGGACGACGUAUGAGAUGCAAUACCUAGCCUAGAGGGGCUGGGGAUCGGUCUAGAUUUUGUGGCCCGGGAGAUGGACGACGAGGUAGCCAAUUGAUUCGUCUCGUGUAUCUUGGAGAUCUGCUCUGCCGGCAGACGCUGGACGUCGAUGAUACUCGUCGUGAAACU